AAUUUCAUUAUGGCAGCCAUGAUUAUUGAAUCAUUACUCUCGUUUUAUAUUAAAAAACAUUUUCCAUCAUCGAUCGUGUGCAUUCUACCUAGAAAAUUACAAUAAAUUAUAAAUUGUUGAUAUAAAAAAAAAAAAAUAAAAAAUAAUAAAUUAUAAUAUAAAUAUUAAUAACAAUAGUAGCUAAAUAAUAUUUUAAAUAAUUAUAAAUGUGUUUGUGAAAUUGUACAACAAUGUUGCAUCAAAAAGCUGAAGAUCCUGAAGGUUACUGAUGUUUACAAUAAAAAAAAAAAAAAAAACAACAACAACAACAAAAAUUUACACUUAAUAAUAUUAAUAUAAGUCACAACAUAUUAAGACAAAAAUAAUAUAAUUUUAAGGAAAUAAUAUGACGACUGCACUUUAUUUGGAGCACUAUUUAGACAGUUUGGAGCAUCUUCCAAUUGAACUUCAACGUAAUUUUACAUUAAUGCGAGAUCUUGAUGCAAGAGCACAAGGUCUUAUGAAAGAAAUUGAUAAAUUAGCUGAUGAUUAUUUAAAAAAUUUAAAAAAAGAAUUACCAGAUAAAAAAAAAGAACAAUUAAUGCAUAUACAAAGUUUAUUUAAUAAAGCUAAAGAAUAUGGUGAUGAUAAAGUACAAUUAGCAAUUCAAACAUAUGAAUUAGUUGAUAAACAUAUUAGAAGAUUAGAUUCUGAUUUAGCUAGAUUUGAAGCUGAAAUACAGGAUAAAGCAUUAAAUAGUAGUAGAAUACAAGAAGAAACAGUUAAUGCUAGUAAAAAAGGUAGAAAAAAAUUAAAAGAAAAAGAAAAAAGAAAAAAAGGUAUUGCUGGUGCAAGUAGUGAAGAUGAAACAAAAGCAGCAAGAAAAAAACAAAAAAAAGGUGGUUCAGUAACAUCAUCAGCAUCAACUGGUGUUGUUGGUAGUGGUGCAACUGUUGAUUCAUCAAAUAUUGGUCAUCCAGCUGAUGUACUUGAUAUGCCAGUUGAUCCAAAUGAACCAACAUAUUGUUUAUGUCAUCAAGUAUCAUAUGGUGAAAUGAUUGGUUGUGACAAUCCUGAUUGUCCAAUUGAAUGGUUCCAUUUUUCAUGUGUUGGCCUGACGACAAAACCAAAAGGCAAAUGGUUUUGUCCAAAAUGUACGCUGGAUAGAAAAAAGAAAUAAUUUUUUUUUUUUUAUUUGUUAAUUGUGAUUAUCAUCGACAGUGUCGAUUAUUAUUAUUACUAUUAUUAUUAUUUUUUAAUUAAUUAAUGUACUAAUCACAUUGCAAUUUAUCAUCAUCCAGUAAUAAUUUAUUUAUUUUAUCAUUUUUUGCAACACAUUGAUGAUAAUCAAUUUACGUCAAAGAAAAAUUUUUUAAAAAUUUUUGUAAAUUGAAAAAAAAAAACAAACAAAUAGUUAAAUACUUGAGACUGUAUUUGCAUUGCAUCUAAUUAAAAUCAAGUAUUUUAUUUUUCUUUUAUUUUUAAAAGAAAAAAAAAACACUAUUUUUAUGUUUAUACAUACAUGUCAUUUGAAUUUAGAUGUAAUGCAAAAAUAGUUAUAAAAUGGUUUAUCACAGAUUAUCAAAUAAUUUUGAGACUCGGCCAUCAAACUUUUUUUUACAACGUCUUUGCAAUUAUUUAAUAAAUUAUUAUAUACAUAUUAUUUUAUUUUUAAUUUAUAUCAAUAAUAAUCAUAUUGUUAUUAUUAAUUUUUAUACGUAAUUAUAAUUAUUUUUUAAUUUGGCCGUUUCUUGAAUUUCUGUGAUCUACCUCAAUUAGUUAAUAAAUUAAUUUUAUAAAUAAUUAUUCACAUUGGCAAGUAUUAAACAAAAAAAAAACAAAAAAAUUAACGAAAAUCUUAUACUCUAUAUUGUAUAAAUAUAUAUAUAUAUUAUUAUUAUUAAUAGUUGAUUAAUGUUUUUAUAUUUUAUAAAUGUGAAUUUUAAAAUCUAAAAAAAAAAAAAAAAAAACAGCAACAA